AUGGCGUUGAAACUUAGAGAUAUGCCAGAUGGAUUUAUACCUGUUGACCGCAUCCAAGGUCGUAAGGAAGCUUUGGCAGACAUAGCAUUUAAGAUAUCAUGUCCGCCAGACAUAUCUCCAACAAGCCGGGUCGUUGCAGUGUGUGGUGUGACAGACUAUGACGGACAAGCAUCUCCAAGUGUAGAUGGUUGGUUUUUUAGUGAUUUUUAUCUUUUCCAUCAUCUUCUAUCCCCAAUGCAUGUCACCACUCAAGCUCAGGUUUGGCUUACAGCCGAAAGCCCGGAAAGCCUUGUCCAAAAAUAUGGAGAGUAUGCGCACGGAGACCCUCGAAAAGAACGAAGAGUUGUCCUGGACAAAGACACGCUAGGCUCAAUCGAACGAGCUGGUAACAUACGGGUCGUUCCGUCAACAAUCCUUCUUGAGCGCUUUCUGGCUACCGUGAGAGAGCAAAGUCGAAUCGCUGCCCAGCAUAACGAGCAGCUUAUUGUUUUGAUAUUCGGACAUGGGGACCAAGAUACUCACGGUAUCUGCCUCGGACAGGUCAAGGAAGAGGCUUAUGAACCCCAGUUAUUAUUUAUUAAUGACUUUCACCGGGCGACUACAGCAGAAGCAAAGGUAACUCUGUUUACAACUGCUUGUUAUUCUGGAGGCUGGUUAGUCCAACCUAUUUGUAAAAAGUCAACUGGGCUUAAUGUUACGGGUAUCACUGGAUCUGGCAUCAAGCAAGAAACCCGUUCCUGGUCUUUGAGCCGGAGCGUUGGUAGGGCCUGUGGCAGCAGCAUUGCAUCAGCAAUAGUCCAAUCUGUCGUAGGAAUUGAGGAUGAAGGUCAGGAACGUAUGAACGUUCUCACACAUCCCACAUACAUGGGGCUGGCAGCCAGUAUAUUUAAGACAGUCUCCAACAUCCAUUCCUUAGCUGACCAGCAAGGUAUCCAUUUUUAUUCUCAAAAUGAUGAAUGGGAAAUGCACUUUGGCAGACGAACCGGCUUUUCACUAGAGUAUUUUAGAGAGGGGUGGAGUUCUCUUCGUCCUAUUCCACCUAGUGGCACAAAAAGCCCUGGUGAUAAUGACCCUACAUGCACGUCAACUUCACGGACAGGCUCCAUAAAUCGCCAAUUAUCUAUUCGGGCAAGGGAAUAUCUCUCUUCCAAGCCAGGUGCAGACAACCUUGGUGGUAAUGUAGCAUUUCAUGCACAACUGCGCAAGUUCAUACGGGGUGAGCUCGACGCGAGUUCAAAUUUAAUUCCAAAACUAUUGGACACGGUACUAUACCGUUUGGUCCUCCUGCAGGAAGCGAAUGAAUAUGUUCAAGCAAUGGGCAUCGAAUUCCCCAACAUCUUUGGUUAUGAUGUUGACAAGUGGAAGGCCACCAAUGAUGAACAGAAGAAGAAUAGGUGGAUCUUUUGGGAGGAGGUCCGAAUGGCACGCCUCUUUGACCCUCCGCUCCCUGGUCUUGGAUAUCACUAUUCCAAACCACUGAUAUACCUUUCCCUCGCUCUCGCUGAGUCUUGUAUCACUGUUGGACAAGCAAAGGAUAGGAUCUCACUGGCUUUAGAAGCCAAAGAACUGAGGGUAAAAGCAAUAGUCGCUCAGGCUCCUGUAGAGGAAGUCAUGGGCGACAAAAAUGUGGCAGCACAUGGGUCUUCAUUCUACGCCACGAUGAGAAAUUUGGGCCAUAGGGUCAGGCUCAGAAUCCGACCAGCUACAGCUCAUAAGAGGGUAUAA